AUAUAAGUCUGGAAAUAUUCAGCAUAGGAGAGAGUAGUUGGUUGUUUUGGAGACUAGAAUAGCACAAAGAAGUUGUCCUGUGAGCAAACCUCCUGAUUGGUUAAUAAGUAAAGCAUGAUCUGGUAGGCUUGGCAUUGAAUCACAGUGGUCAUGCUUUCAGAGCGCUGCUGUUUACCACCACCACUCCUCUUGUUGCCCUUUCAUUUCUGCAAAUCAGAUAUAGAGUUUUUCCUUCUGGUCAUGGGAUUUCUCCCCGUAUCAGGUUGUUUGCUUAUGCCACAAGCUAUCAAGUUCUUAGCAGCUGUGAAGUUGUGCGAACGGGAAUUUUUGUGGAUAUUCUUAUUAUUGUGAAAUUACUUUUUGAAGUAGAUUUUUUUUUUCUCUGUUCUGCUUCUGUGCUGGCAGAGACCAGUAAACAUGUAGGCUAUGCUGAAGCACCAGCAGCAGUUGUCUGAGCUUUUGGAGCAGCUUUUUCUAAGAAGCACAGUCAUGUUUCAGUGGUGAGGUGGACGACCGUAGCUGGCAAUGGGUGAUUUUGACAAGAUCUGGCGUGAACACUGUGAGGAUGAGCAGACGCUGAGUGAGUACGCCCUUGCCAUGAAGAAUCUUGCUGACAACCACUGGACCAAAAACUGCGAAGGAGAGGGCCGCAUCGAAUGGUGUCGCAGUGUCUGUCAAGAAUAUUUUCUGGACGGUGGAAUGAAAAGAAUGUUAGAAAAGGAUGAGAAAAGUGCCACACUUGCCAUGGGUCUGACUGCAGCAUCUGUAAGUGCCCAACCGUACAGCACCAUCCCCAGUUCGAUCUCUCAGCUGGGGAAAAUGCGCCUUCUUGACGUGGGAAGCUGCUUCAACCCUUUCUUGAAGUUUGAUGAAUUCCUUACAGUUGGUAUUGACAUAGUGCCUGCAGUUGAGAGUGUCUACAAGUGUGACUUCCUUAACCUUCAGCUCCAGCAGCCUCUGCAGCUAGCAGAUGACGCUGUAGAAGCCUUCCUCCGCCACCUCCACAACCCCAUCGAUGCUCUGCCCGCUCAGCUUUUCCACGUGGUGGUCUUCUCCCUGCUCCUCUCCUACUUCCCCUCUCCAUACCAGCGCUGGAUCUGCUGCAAGAAGGCCCACGAGCUGCUGGAGCUGCACGGCCUGCUGCUCAUCAUCACGCCCGACUCCUCCCACCAAAACCGCCACGCCCUCAUGAUGCGUAGCUGGCGUGUCGCAGUGGAGUCGCUGGGCUUCAAGCGCUACAAAUAUAUCAAAUAUUCCCACAUGCAUCUCAUCGCCUUCCGUAAGGUGUCUCUGGCCACCACCAGCGACCUGGUGUCACGCAAUUACCCCGAGAUGCUCUACAUCCCUCAGGACUUUAACUCCAAUGAGGAGGAAGACUGUGCCGACGUGCCGGUGCAAGUGCGCUCCGAGUUUGAGGAUGACCAGCUGGCUUGGGGCUUCACGGAGCUACCGGACACACCCUAUGAUUCAGAUUCUGGGGAGAGCCAGAGCAGCUCUGUGCCUGGCUUUCAUGAGCUAGAGGAUCCCAUUCUGCUUCAGAGCUAGGCUAAACCAGCAACCUCCCCCUCCCCUGUUCUCUACCUAACUGUCACCUCCCCUUCAACUGCUGCGCUGCCAAAUUUAACCUGCUGCAUUCUUCUCCCACUUCUCCUCCCUCUACUCAAAACAAUGCAGUUUGCACAGUGUGAAAGAGAGAAGUUUACAGAUUAUUUUCUCAUAUCUACGCUCCUCUAAGAGCACACACACACACACACACGAGCACACACACACACACAUAUAUACAUGCACCACGUAUACACACAUACACACACGCACACACUAAGAUGGAUAUAUUUUGAUAAAUAGCUAGGUUUUUUAAGAGUUGGAAAUUGAAUGCCCUUAAGAUAUCUGAACUCCCUGCUCCUUGAUUUCCACCCCAUCUUUCAAUCAGCUCUCAAUAACAAAAGUCAGCUUGUCUACGUUCUAUACUCAGUCUCUGUUUGAAUAAGCUAGUGUCGCAGGCUGCUUAGUACAAAAGCCAAAUACAGCAACCCGAGCAGUCUGACAGGAGUUUGAUUGCACUGGAGAGACUGAGAUGGAAUGAGUGGACUGGUACGCUUGCUUCUGUCACAGUCAUGCAGCUAGACUUUCUGGAAAAAAAAAAUAAAAUCUUGAUGUGCAUUUAGUUUUCCAAGACAAAAAAAGAAGUUCAUUGUUUUGAAAUAUAUAUUCUCAGUCAAAACAUUGGUGUUGUCCAGUGUAAAGUGUGGCAAUGCCAUUUUAACUUGGCAUCAUCUGAAUGAAUUGUGUAUCUUUUACAAGAAAGUGGUAUUUGUAGCAUUUUAAACAUUUUCAGAACCAUACAGUAGGAGUAUUACUAGGUUUACUAAUGUGAAAAUGUGUUUACUCAUUGUGUAACAAGGUACGAGUGCAAAAUAGGUAUUACACUUUUGUCAUCCUCUCGUUGUCCACGCAGAUAUUAAUUCUGAAUGAUCUCCUGAUAGAUUUCCGAUACAUUCUUUUUGUUCUCGAGCAGAGAACUAGUACACCACUGCGAGUCAGUGACACAUUAAAUGGACUUUACAGCACCAGUAUCCCUUGACACAAUUUUAUAACUUUGAUGUGAAAAUACAAUAAAUACUUUGCCUCCAAAUAGAUCCAGAUCUAAGCUCCUCACAGUCAGAAAAUUCUCCUUGACAGAAGAAAUUUGCACUAAUUUACUGUUUUGUCAUAGGGAACCUCUGAAACAGGUGAAACGCUGUAGAUUUUUAGCAGCAAGCGAAGCCCGAUUUGAAGAUACUGUAUGCUGGAAGGGGAGGUUUUUAGCUGAAGACACUACCAGGUGAAAUGUUAGUGUGUGUUCUGCCGGUCUCUGAACAGGCUAAGUGUGUGGAUGUAGUUGGGUUUGUCAGUGUGAAUGAAGGAGUGAGUAUAUGUUUAUGCUUUUUUUUUUUCCAGUGGCACUUUAUCAUUGAUCCCAAAUGGUGUCACAAAAUGUAAUUUUUUUCCCCCCAGUUUUACAUCCAGUGUGAUGGGCCCAUAAGGUAAUACCAAUAAGUAUAAGGUGCCUUCUUUGUUCAUAUUUAUGUUGCAAACAGGCUUUCUUGCCCCAAGAGAUAAUUAAAUUCCUCACCUUUUUAAUAAACGGAUAUCAAUCUUCUUGGGCCAAAUGUUAAACUGUCCAGUUCUUCUUUGUCAUAUUAAUGGAACAAGAAACAUUUCCAGUGUUGGUGUAAUGCAGUGUGUUGUUACCAUUUCCAUAUCAUUUUCCAGUUAAUGCACAUCUCUUUGCUGAUAUUUUGUUUUUACAGAGAGAAAAAAAAACAACAACAACAACAAACAUUUCACAGCAUCACACAUAUUCAGACUUUGAAGAAGCGUGUUUUGUGAUUUGUCUUCCAGUGUUUCUUUUUGGCCCAUUUGCAUGAGAUGGUUCAUCUUCAUUAUCAACAUUUUCAACAAUGCAGAACAAUGUGUGCUUAUAGUAUGGUUGUAUUUCUCUUUUAUAAAUGAAUGUAAAUGUAA